CGUAAAUACAGGUCAGCCAGAGAGUACUUAAACCAGAUUUUCUUAACCAGCUCAGACACACAAGGAGAGUGAUUGAUGUUUAAACAGAAGAGGACUACAAACAUCAAAGACCGAAAGAGCUUUUGUUUCUGAAGGAAAGGAAGUGUACAAGAUGAGUUCAGGGAAUAUUACCGACAGCCUCAGCGAAACACAUGACAUCCCAACAAGAGUAGUAGGAGGUCCAACCACACCUAGAAGAGGACCCCAUAAAUUCAAACAGAGGAUGACAAGACAAUUCAAAAGCAAACCUCCGAAGAAAGGAGUCAAAGGAUUUGGAGAUGAGAUUCCUGGAAUGGACGGUCUUGGCACUGACAUCACAGUGGUGUGUCCCUGGGAAGCCUUCAGCCAUCUGGAGUUGCAUGAGCUCGCCCAGUAUGGUAUUAUCUGAAGACAGGAGGUUUCUUGCUGAAGACGUAUUACUUGGACCUGUUUAGUGGACCAGACUAACCAUGUCUAUGACCCACCUCUUUAUCCCACCUGAGGGAUGCGGCACAUUAGGGGUAGUUUCCUUAAUACAGAUUUUAGAUUAAGCUACGACUCUGCCUUGGGAAUCAGGACAUUUAAGGAGUUUUUACAAACAUACCUAACACAUGACUGGUGUGUAAAACAAUGGCAAUGAUAUAUUUUAUGUCAAUGCAAACUGUUUUCAGUUAAGACAACUCAAACAUGCAUUUUAGUCCGGGACUAGGGUUAAACUCUGUCUGGGAACCCCCCCCCCAAAUAAUUGCCUUCAUACUGUACUGGAGCCAACACACCAGCCUUUGAAUGCAUUAUACAUUUAUUAUAUCAGGUCUUCAAAUUCAGGAGGACUGUAAAGCAAUUAUACACUCUGAUAUAAAAAUAAUACAAAAAGAAAACAGUUUUUGUACUAUUUCUACAUUUUAUGUAUUGUAAUUUGACCAGUAGAAGUAUUCUAAGAGGAAAAGCAUUAAUGAAUCAGAUGCAUAUUGUCUAGAAAUGUUGUAAAAAUGUAUCUUUGAUAAAUAUUG